AUUUGUUUCAUUGUUUUUAAAUGUAAAUAGACGAUAUUAAAAUUGGUGCAAAAUGUUGUACAUAAACAAAAGUUGAGCAGUAUUUGCAAAAUAUGUAAACACUGAUUAGCGAACGAAGAUCAGAAGAGCGGUAUCCCGUGGCACAGUUACGUUGGUCCACAGGAAGAAAAGGAAGAAGAAGCGGCUGAAGUUAUCAUUCUUGCUAAUCAACAAAUACAAUCGCUCAGCUGUUUUGGAACCGCUUCAACUGGUCAGCGAUACGAACGAGCCCGAUUACGAAGCCGAUUACGGAACUGCAUCGAAAUUCGCCCGCCCACAAAACGAGUACGAUCGUCGAUCGAACGCAGUAUUUUUGUGUUCCGUGCGCGUAGUGAUCAACUAGUGUGUUGGUGCGUGUCAAUCAACAUCAGCAGAUAGUCUUUUGGUCCAGGAGUCUUAUCCACGCAGCAGGAUUAGGUUUUUGGAACCUCGUGAAAAGGUCGCUAAAUUAUAUAACCGAAUAGUGCUGGUCUACACAUUCGAUCGGCAUGGCUCGAAACAUGCUAAACAUUGCCAAGUAUGCUCGUACAAUACUUAAUCGCCAGCAAGCCCGGUACUAUUCGGAGAUAUCGGCCCAGUUCCCGAAAAUUACCACGCACUAUACGAUCCAUCCACGGGAUAAAGAUGCACGAUGGGGAGAAGUCGACAUGGAACGCUUUGUUGAUGAAGCGGACAUCCUUAUCGUCGGCGGAGGCCCAGCAGGACUAUCGGCAGCUAUACGUGCAAAACAGCUAGCUGCCGAAAAGGGCCAAGAGCUGCGUGUAUGUUUGGUGGAAAAGGCAGCCGAAGUAGGAGGACACAUUCUGUCCGGUGCGUGCCUUGAUCCGGUUGCGCUGAACGAACUCAUCCCGGACUGGAAGGAACAGGGCGCUCCGCUUAACACACCGGUAACGCAUGACAAAUUUUCCUACCUCACCGAAUCCGCCAAACUGCCGAUUCCGGUCUUUCCCGGAUGGCCAAUGGACAAUCGGGGGAAUUACGUCGUUCGGUUAGGACACGUCGUAGCCUGGCUCGGUCAGCAAGCCGAAGCGCUCGGGGUAGAAAUCUAUCCGGGUACGGCGGCUGCCGAAGUGCUAUUCCACGAGGAUGGUUCCGUCAAGGGUGUUGCGACGGGUGACGUGGGCAUCGGUAAGGAUGGUGCACCGAAGGAUACGUUCGCGCGCGGUAUGGAACUGCACGCGAAAACAACCAUCUUUGCGGAAGGUUGCCGUGGCCAUCUGUCCAAACAGCUAAUGUCGCGCUUUGGACUGAACGCGGCAAACGAUCCCCAAACGUACGGCAUCGGGUUGAAGGAAGUGUGGGAAAUUAAGCCAGAAAAUCAUAAACCCGGCCUUGUGGAGCACACGAUCGGUUGGCCGCUGGACAAAAACACCUACGGUGGCUCGUUUCUGUACCAUCUAAACGAAUCGACACCCAUCGUGGCGGUAGGGUUUGUGGUUGGGUUGGAUUAUGUCAAUCCAUACCUGAGUCCUUUCCAGGAGUUUCAGCGCUUCAAAACGCACCCGAAAGUACGGGACACGUUCGAAGGUGGCAGUCGCAUUGCGUACGGUGCACGUGCCUUGAAUGAGGGUGGCUUUCAGAGCAUUCCCAAGCUGACCUUCCCGGGCGGAUGUCUGGUGGGAUGUGGUGCCGGUUUCAUGAAUGUGCCACGCGUGAAGGGAAGCCAUUAUGCGAUGAAGAGUGGUAUGCUGGCUGCCGAAAGUGCUUGCGACGUUGUCUUUUCCGGUGCUGCACAAGAUAAGGCUGGACUGGAACCUAAAGACUAUCAAGAGCGUAUAAAAGAAUCGUACGUAUGGAAGGAUCUUUACAAGGUGCGAAACUCGCGUCCAAGUUUCCACACUGGACUGGGCCUGUAUGGAGGUGUUGCGUACAGUGGCUUCAGCAUCCUUGUCGGUGGCCGUGAACCGUGGACGUUGCAUCAUGGAUCGCCAGAUCACACCCGUCUCAAACCUGCCAAGGAAUGCAAACCGAUCGAGUACCCGAAACCAGACGGCAAGCUAACGUUCGAUUUACUUUCAUCGGUUGCGCUGACCGGUACAAAUCACGAGGGUGACCAACCGGCACAUCUUACGCUGAAGGACGACACUGUGCCGGUAAAGAACAAUCUUAACAUCUACGAUGGUCCGGAAGCUCGGUUCUGUCCGGCUGGUGUGUAUGAGUACGUGGCGAACGACGAGGGCGGCAAUAUGAAGCUGCAGAUUAACGCUCAAAACUGCAUCCAUUGCAAGACAUGCGACAUUAAGGACGUAACGCAGAACAUCAACUGGGUGGUACCGGAAGGUGGUGGUGGUCCGGCAUACAACGGAAUGUGAAGCACGUGUUGGGCUGCUACUGUUCAUUCUUCCCUAAUCGUAGCAUAUUGUUUCUCCAGCGCCUCACAGCCGAGCGACAUGGUCGAAUUUAUUCUGUUAAGUAAUAAAGUUUUCACAGCGAACAACGCGCACAGUAGAAA